AAACGUGAUAAUCAAUCAGCAAGAGCGCUGUAAAACCUGCAGGAUUAGAGAGGCGGACUUUAACAUCACUCACCAGCUCUAAUGUACAUGAUCAUAAAGUCAGCAGAGCAUUAAUAACUCUAGGCCAGAGUUUUAUGGCUUUAUCUUGUAUAAGUGAUCGUUUGUUCGUUUGCUCGCUUUGUGCUGUCCAGAGGAAAUCACUUCAGUUUCUCAAAGCCCCGCGUUUGUUUGUGAAGAAAAUAGUGUGGAAAUAAGGAUGGCGGUGUCUAAAUCUACGUUAUCAAUCGUUUUUAUAGUUCUGGGGGGGUUGGCGGUUUUAUUCGGGACUGUUUUGGUGUUUGUCGGACCAAUUAUAAUAGACGAUCAAAUAGUCAAGAAUAUAGAGAUUAACCCGAACAGCGGACUCUCCUACACUAUGUGGAAGGACAUCCCAGUCCCCUUCUUUAUGUCUGUAUAUUUCUUUCAUAUUGUCAAUCCUAAUGAAACCCUAAAUGGAGAAAAGCCCAUGGUGGAACAGAGGGGACCAUAUGUUUACAGUGAAAACCGCUGGAAGGACAACAUCACAUUCCAUGACAAUCACACCGUCUCGUAUAUGGAAUAUCGGCAGUAUUUCUUUGAGGAGAGCAUGUCUGUGGGAAAUGAAUCCGAUGUGGUCACCAUCCCUAACAUGCUAGUGCUGGGCGCUUCAGUAAUGAUGGAGAACAUGCCCUUACCUUUACGCAAGCUGGUCAGCAGCACAUUCAAGAGCUUCAACGAGGGACCCUUCUUGACCAAGCCAGUUGGAGAACUCAUGUGGGGCUACGACAGCAAGUUGGUGGACUUCCUGAACAAUUUGCUCCCUGGAAUGCUCCCGACCAGCGGGAAGUUUGGCUUGUUUGCUGAGUUUAACAACUCCAACACUGGACAGUUCACUGUCUUCACUGGUCGAGACGACAUCCGGAAAGUUCAUAUGGUGGAUUCUUGGAAUGGCCUGAAAAGUGUGGAUUACUGGAGUUCUGAACAGUGUAACAUGAUCAAUGGCACAGCGGGACAAAUGUGGCCUCCGUUCAUGACUAAAGAGUCGACGAUGCCCUUCUACAGCCCUGAUGCGUGCAGGUCCAUGGAGCUGGUGUAUCAAAAGACAGGUGUGUCCCGCGGGAUUCCCGUGUACCGCUUCGUGGCCCCAAAAACCCUUUUUUCCAACGGUUCAGAUUAUUCUCCCAAUGAGGGCUUCUGUCCGUGUCGACAGUCCGGCCUUCUCAACGUCAGCACCUGCAGACACAAUUCCCCUGUGUUCAUGUCCCAUCCGCACUUUUUUGAGGCUGAUCCCGUCCUUUUGAACACUGUCGAUGGAUUGAGCCCGAAUGAAGAUGAACAUGGGCUCUUCAUCGAUAUCCACCCGGAGACUGGAGUGCCAAUGAAUGUUUCGAUUCGGCUGCAGCUCAAUCUGCUCAUCAAGAGUGUGCCUGGCAUCACAGAAACAGGAGAGAUAGCUGAAGUGGUGAUACCACUGAUCUGGUUUGGAGAGAGCGGCUACAUUGAUGGUCCCGUUCUCAACACGUUCCGCACCAAUCUGGUGGUGCUGCCCAUGGUCAUGGAGUACAUGCAGUACAUCUUCAUCGGUCUCGGACUUGCAGGCAUUUUGGGGGCCGUGGUGUUAUAUGUCAGUGACAAGAAAGCCAUGAAAAAGACAUCAGGUUCUCUCUCACAAGGGGAAAGCGUAAAAGAUACAAAACACAACCCGACCAGUGAGAGACAGGAUGAAAAAUAUUGCAUAAACGACAGCAGGUAAAAAGUAGGAUGGUUGGUCAGCGCUGCACAGAUGUGUAUCCGUCCAGCUCAGUCAGUGAAAAGACCACAUUACUUCAGAGCCCAACGAGAUAAGGCCAUUAUCCACAUCACAGCCUACUUUCAUAAUAACCUUACAAUCCACUGGACAAUAAAUAACACUGUCUUUUAACAUUGGGGUUGAAUGAAUGAACUGGUACAGUACAGUAAAGACUAUUCUGUGUGAUGAAGGGAAUUUGAUGUGGAUUAUGAAGUAUGGGUAAGGCCGUUUUAUUUGUGUGCUUUUGUUUGGGUCUAAAGUGUUGUGCGGGGUCAGUACAAAAUAUUUAAAGGUUAGUUUUUUGACACUUUCAAUUUUAAUCAUUGACAAAAUAUACUAGGCAUUGAAUUUCAAAUGGUGCGUUUAUAAAACAAAAAAGGUACAUGACUAACGUUCCAAUAACUCCAAAACGGGGGAAAAAACACAGUUUGAAGUUAUUCAACCUUUAUCCUUUAAGGGUGUGCCAUAAACACCUUGUGACGGAAACGUGCCAUUGACAGAAACGUUCCCUGAAAGCAGAGGGGGGGGUUAAAAAUGCUGUGCUAACAUGCAUUUCUCAACGCACGUUUCCUGUAUUCUGUCUGUAAAAGCAUCUGUAUGUAAUGGAUGUAAAAUGUGUUGUUUGCAUUCUCUUGAUUGCUGUUCAUUAUGAAGUUAAAUGGCCUAAUUUUAAAUGUUUUCUUUUUUUUUUUUUUUUUUACUUUAUCAGCAAUAGCUUUCAAUUUCAUGUUGUUAAACCUGGCCUGGACAAAUGUCUUUAUAACUCUGGCUGCAAAGUGCAAACAAUACAUGGUCACGAGUCCAUGAGGCAUUUUAUUACUCAUUAAAUAAUACUGUUAAGGUCUAUAAAAAGCUGUACAUAUGAGAUAACUUGUCUUAUCAAAUAGUAUUGUGUUGUCCUUUGAAUGAAAACAUGGAGGUGUUAUCUCACACCAAAGUCAUAGGAUACAAGUAUAUGCAUGCUAAAAAUUUAAUGAAACCCUUUCCGCUAAUAAGUUUUAUUAAGCUAACUUGUCUCACUGAUUUAGGCCUGUACUUUAUAAUUUUUAAUGGCAAAAAUGAUCAUCAGAAUCAAUUUUCUUUAUUUUGUAUAAUAUGGAAUCAUCUUGUCCAGGCACCUUUGUUUUAUUGAAAAUCAACAUGAAGGCAGCAAAGCAAAUAGUAUUAUUUUUCAGUUUUUGUAUUUUACAAUUAAAACUCAUUAUUCCUAUUGCAUAAACGCGAGUGAGGUUCUUCUUCCCGCCGCGAGAUGGCAGCGCGCGACAAACGGUACACUUUAUGUUGAGCUGAAUCUUUGCACUUGUUGCUUAUCAUUUGACUUUGUUGGUUCUUUUUGAACACCAUUUAAAGCUCGCAGAAGAGAAGAAAUACAGAAGUCCUGGCAAAUGUGUGGCUGCAUUUAUGUUGAAGAAGCGAAGAGAGGCCGGUCUUGACGUGAGUUUUUACUUUGUGUAAAACAAUAUGACAUAAUUACAACGCAAAAUGGUUUGAUCAGAUUAAAAGUCUUUGUUUGGGGUCCCAGAGAACGCUAA